CGGGCGGAGGGCACACGAUCUGCGCCGAGCCCGCACGGUCACGGGAGGGCGGGGGGGGGGAGCGCCGGAGGAGUCCGACCUCCCGCCCGGGCCGCUCGAUGAACCUCUAGUCUUGCUUUGAAAAAAAGCUAGUUUGUGUAACUCUUGACUGUGAAUAAAUUUCUAAUACACCCGUUGGAAUCAUCACUGGACAAGUGUACCAUUUGCAAGGUCCUUUACCUGAUCAAACACUGGGGAUUAGGAAGAGAGGUCUUUUUGUUUUUUUGUUGUUUUGCCCCGUGAUCAUUAUGAGCAUUGGCUUUUCACCCUUGAAGUAAACAUGUUGAAAGCUGAAUCUUCAGGUGAACGAACCACUCUCAGAAGUGCCUCUCCUCACAGGAAUGCGUACAGAACAGAGUUCCAGGCACUGAAAAGUACUUUUGACAAACCCAAGUCAGAUGGGGAACAGAAAACGAAAGAAGGCGAGGGCUCCCAGCAGAGCAGGGGUAGGAAGUAUGGGUCUAAUGUCAACAGAAUUAAAAAUCUAUUUAUGCAGAUGGGUAUGGAACCCAAUGAGAAUGCUGCUAUUGUUGCCAAAACAAGGGGGAAAGGUAGGCCCUCAUCCCCUCAGAGAAGAACGAAGCCCAAAGAGUUUGUGGAGAAAACGGAUGGCUCAGUGGUUAAGUUGGAGUCCUCUGUCUCUGAACGAAUUAGUAGAUUUGACACAAUGCAUGAUGGCCCUUCGUAUGCCAAGUUCACAGAGACUCGUAAGAUGUUUGAGAGAAGUGUGCAUGAGUCAGGGCCAAACACUCGCUAUUCCCCAAAGAAAGAGAAAGGAGGAGGGGCGGAACCACAGGAUGAGUGGGGUGGCUCCAAGUCCAAUAGAGGCAGCAGUGAUUCCUUGGACAGCCUGAGCCCCCGGACGGAAGCUGUCUCUCCAACUGUGAGUCAACUGAGUGCAGUGUUUGAGAACAGUGAGCCUCCAGGUGCCAUCACUUCCGGAAAGGCUGAGAGCAGUGAUUACUCUGUGACUGGGCAUUACCCCCUGAAUUUACCUUCUGUUACCGUAACCAAUUUGGAUACCUUUGGCCGUCUCAAGGAUUCUAAUUCGAGGUCUUCCUCAAACAAACAAGAUACUGAUACAGAGGAGCCUCAGCAGAGUGACGCUGUGCCAGUACCGGAAGUGGCUCAGAAAGGUACCUCUUUAGCUUCAUUGCCUAGUGAAGAGAGCCAGCUGAGCACAGAAGCAGUGGACGUCACAGCUCAACCAGAGACUCUGGACAGCACCGAUAAAGACAGUCCUGAAGAACCCUCUGCUGAAAACCACACAAUGCCAAAGUCUUAUAUCCUUUCCCCACAGAACGAGCUGUUAGAAGAUGCUGAAGCUAAUGUGGUUGGGAGUGAGAGGGCUCAGCAACAGAAGAAAGACCUGACAGGUGGUGAUCUAACCUCCCCCGAUGCUUCUGCAUCCAGCUGUGGCAAAGAAGCACCUGAAGACUCAAACAUCUUUGAGAGUUCCCACGUAUACAUGCACAGUGACUAUAACGUGUAUAGGGUGAGAUCCAGGUACAACUCCGACUGGGGAGAGACGGGCACAGAGCAAGAUGAGGAGGAGGACAGUGGCGAGAACAAUUACUAUCAGCCUGAUAUGGAAUACUCGGAGAUCGUUGGCUUGCCGGAAGAAGAAGAAAUCCCAGCAAAUAGGAAAAUUAAGUUUAGUUGUGCUCCGAUUAAGGUUUUCAACACAUACUCCAAUGAAGACUAUGACAGGAGGAACGAUGACGUUGACCCCGUGGCCGCAUCUGCUGAAUAUGAGCUUGAAAAGCGAGUAGAGAAGCUGGAACUUUUCCCGGUGGAACUGGAGAAAGACGAGGACGGGCUUGGCAUAAGCAUUAUUGGCAUGGGCGUUGGUGCUGAUGCUGGCCUGGAGAAGCUGGGGAUAUUUGUCAAGACAGUGACUGAUGGAGGUGCUGCUCAGCGGGAUGGCAGGAUCCAAGUCAAUGACCAGAUUGUGGAAGUGGAUGGAAUCAGUCUGGUGGGGGUCACACAGAAUUUUGCUGCAACCGUUCUGCGGAAUACCAAGGGCAAUGUCAGAUUCGUUAUUGGACGAGAAAAACCAGGACAAGUGAGUGAGGUUGCCCAGUUGAUCAGCCAGACCUUGGAACAAGAGCGGCGCCAGAGGGAGAUGCUGGAGCGUCACUAUGCCCAGUAUGAUGCCGAUGACGAUGAGACUGGAGAAUACGCCACUGACGAAGAGGAGGAGGAGGAGGUCGGGCCCAUUCUUCCCGGUGGCGACAUGGCCAUUGAAGUCUUCGAGCUCCCUGAGAACGAGGACAUGUUUUCCCCAUCGGACUUGGACACAAGCAAGCUCAGCCACAAGUUCAAAGAGUUGCAAAUCAAACAUGCAGUUACAGAAGCAGAGAUUCAAAAAUUGAAGACCAAGCUGCAAGCAGCAGAAAAUGAGAAAGUAAGGUGGGAACUAGAAAAGAACCAACUGCAGCAGAACAUAGAAGAGAAUAAAGAAAGGAUGCUGAAGUUGGAGAGCUACUGGAUCGAGGCACAGACACUGUGCCACACCGUAAACGAGCAUCUCAAAGAGACCCAAAGCCAGUACCAGGCCUUGGAGAAGAAAUACAACAAAGCCAAGAAGUUGAUCAAAGAUUUUCAGCAAAAGGAGCUCGAUUUCAUCAAGAGACAGGAAGUAGAAAGAAAGCAGCUGGAGGAGGCAGAAAAGGCUCACCAGGUUGAAGUCCAAGGCCUGCAAGUGCGGAUUAGAGAUUUGGAGGCUGAGGUGUUCAGACUACUAAAGCAAAAUGGGACCCAGGUGAACAACAACAACAACAUCUUUGAGAGGAGACCAUCUCCCGGGGAAGUCUCGAAAGGAGACACUAUGGAGAAUGUGCAAGUCAGGCAAACAUCCUGUCAGGACAGCUUGAGCCAAGACUUGAAUGAAGCAGUCCCAGAGACAGAGCGCCUGGAUUCGAAAGCAUUGAAAACUCGGGCCCAGCUCUCUGUGAAGAACAGGCGCCAGAGGCCCACAAGGACAAGGCUCUAUGACAGUGUCAGCUCAACUGAUGGGGAGGACAGCCUGGAGCGGAAGGGUUGGAGAGUUUCUUCUCCAGAAUCAGAGUGUGGUGUCGCACUCCUCACCCCUGUGACGAGCCCUAGGGCCUUCUCAUCCUACCACGUGACUGAGUCUCCAGGGGGAUCACAGCAGCCAGAAAGGGACCCUUUCUCCUCUGUCUCGGGAGACACUUCACUCUCCUCGCCUUCAGCAUCUGACCACGAUACAGAAGACUCUCCUGGCCGCCCCCAAGCCCCUGAGAAAGCAUCACAAGAGAAAGACGAUGACAAUUGUCCUAAAUUACUAAGAACAUCCAGUUCAUUCGUGAUACAAAGAGGAAAAAUUAAGCAGAAGUUUGCGGAUCUGGGGGCACCUUUGCGAAGGAAUCCCAACAAGGGGAAGAAAUGGAAAGAAAAAGAAAAGGAAGCCAGUAGGUUUUCUGCUGGGAGCAGAAUCUUCAGAAGCAAGCUGGAAAACUGGAAAGCCAAGCCCACCUCUGCAGCUCCGGCCUCCGCCCGCUCUCCUUGCAUGCCUUUCUCAUGGUUUAAUGAAAGCCGGAAAGGAUCCUAUUCCUUCAGGAACCUGCCUGCAGCUCCAAAUCCCCGUCAGCCUUCUUCUCCUGAGACUCAAAUUUCAGAUAAAGCAGGGUCCAAGAAUUUCACCUUCAAUGAUGACUUCAGUCCAAGCAGUACCAGUUCAGCAGACCUGAGUGGCUUAGGAGCAGAGCCCAAAACGCCAGGGCUCUCCCAGUCCUUGGCACUGUCCUCGGAUGAGAUCCUCGAUGACGGACAGUCUCCGAAACACACUCAGAGUCAGAGUCGGGCCGUGCACGAGUGGGGCGUGCAGCAGGUUGCACACUGGCUAAUGAGCCUGAAUCUGGACCAGUAUGUACCUGAGUUCAGCGCCCAGAACGUCAGCGGGGAGCAGCUCCUCCAGCUGGACGGCAAUAAACUGAAGGCUCUUGGAAUGACAUCAUCCCAAGACCGGGCACUGGUUAAGAAAAAGCUGAAGGAAAUGAAGAUGUCUCUCGAGAAGGCUCGCAAGGCCCAGGAGAAAAUGGAAAAACAAAGAGAAAAGCUGAGGAGGAAGGAACAAGAGCAAAUGCAGAGGAAGUCUAAAAAGUCGGAAAAGAUGACUUCCACCGCGGAGCAACUGUGAGCAGUAAGGCCUCGCCUCCUCCAAUAGAUGGGGAAGUUUGAGAGAAGUCCCGCCCCUUCCUGCCCCCACUCUCCUGCAUAGGAUGAAGAAGAAACUGACAGGGAUAACACCACUGUAGGCGAUUAAAGAACUGUGUGUUGAAUGCACUCUCGAUUUUAACCUCCUAAAAUAACCCCUCACCACCACCUUUGGUUUAUUGACAAACCAGAAUUAUCGUUUUUCUCUUCUACUUAACCAAUAUCUCAUGGUGUGUUUAGUGUGUGGCGCCACUUGGAGGGCCAGCCUGACCCAGCCAAUGAGAGCAGGACUCACUCUGGUGCUGGGAGUGCAGUACCCAGAAUUCUUAGUGAUAGGCCCUGAAACUGAAGUAGUAGUGUCUGACUGUUGGUGUGGAGACUAGAGAUGGGGGAACGCUCCUCAAUUCUGUCUGUAGAGCAAGUCAGUCCUGUUGUGGGGAUGUGCGUGCCCAGCACAGAAUAGCGCCCUGAAGGGAAGAGCAGGCAAGCGUGCUCUCCUGCUUGCUGGGAAUCAGAGCAAGGGGAAAUAGUGGCUAUUUAUUAGUUCUAGAAGUGAAAAGCUUUAAGCACACAGAUGUGGGCAUACUUGGGGCUUGGAGGAUAACAUCUCCUCCAGGAUGUGUGUCAGAGUGUAGUGCAGCCAUGGGUGCUGGGGUCUGUGGCUUCGUCUGCCAGGGCUGCAGCAGUGUUCGAGCGGCACUGACAGUCUCGGCACAGCUCCUUCUCCCUGCAACAAACCCAACAGGAAAUUGAUUUUUAAGGAAACUAACAUCUUCAGGUGUCCUCUUCAGGGACAUUCUGGCUGGCCCUCAGCCUGCCUGUGACACAAUCGUGAACCUGUCACAUAUUUUCUACUCAGAAGAAUUUCCCAAGUGGGCUCAGUGAGUGUUUUAACAAAUGUACUUUUAAGUAUUUAAACCUAGAGCUACUGGUUAGAGACUAAGAUUUGAGUAACAGUCAACCAGAGAACUUUUUUUUUUCUUUUUUUAAUGCAUACUAAUUCUUUCCUGUGAAGGACGGCUGUCAUUUACAUUUUAGAGACAUUUUGAAUGACUUUCUAAGCCAUUCUCUUCCACGUUCUAGAGAGUUCCAGAUUUGUUUAGAACAGUACGUGGGACAGGUUUUUCACAGUGUAAGAGCUGAUAUUGCCUAAGUCCAGUAUUAAGGAUUUCAGUAUUUCACCAACCUGAGUUGAGCGCAGGAGACUGGGUAAGGAGGGGAACAGAAACUCAUCUUGAGACAUUUCCCACCCAGAGGGUUUUUAUUUGUUUGCUUGCCUUUAGUUUUUUGCCCUUUUUGCUUCUAUAUCUAACUCUUGUUAGUGCAUCAUCUACUUUAAGGUGGACUGAUUCCCAGGUAACGCUGGAGACCCGAGGACUUCCGGGUAUUCACUUCCUUUCUCCCAGCAGGCCCUUGCGCUGCCCAGAGGCCUGUGCAUAUCUCCUCUGCAUGCGCAAGUAAGCAGGACCUGACCUGCAUCAGGCUCCAGAGUUACGACAGGAAUCUGAUAGGAUAGAGGUCGGCUGCCUGUGUGGCCUCACUUUGUAUUUUAACAUUGUGACUUUUCAUUUUUAUCAUUAUUACUAUUUUUGUAACAUGGAUUCUGAGAUUAUCUGAACUAGAAACUUAAUCCUGUCCUUUCUCCCAGAGCCUGUUUCCUUUUCUGGCCCCAGUACUUCUGUUAAGGUCUGGUCCUUCUGGUACAGACUCACUGCCGUCUGAAACAUGACGUGGGAGUCACAUUGCUCUUUGUACAAACCAGACCUGCUUCACGGUUCUCUCGUGGAGUACGGCGCUGCUUGUAUCUUAAGAUGCCUGAUGCUUCGCCACUUACUAAUAUUCUGAGAAAACAAGAGACAUGUUACUGAACUACACACUCAGUAAAUCUUUCCUAAUGCCAGAAGACUAAGGAAAACUCUGGCAGUAGAACUACUCUGUUGUACGCUUUAGCCUCGGCAUUUCUUUUCUUUGGGGGGGAAAGGCUGGAUUGCACUGGAAGCUUCUCUGUGUUCAUUUUCCAGAGUGAAAACAGAAGGGUGAUCAUUUUAAGUUGUGUUUACACUUUGGUCAUAGUUGAAAAUGAAUGUAUAUAUUGGGAAUGUCUGUAAGUCUGCCUCUGCCUGUAACUUAUGACCUCUUAUAUUACGUUUCUUAAAUACAGUGUUCUUACUGUAACUUUAUUAACACUCCGUGCUUGGAUCACCAUUCAUCCUACAGUUACAAAUCAAGUUAGUAUUCCUUACAUUAUUUAGUUUAUAGUUCAGUCAUUUUAAUUUUUAAGUUAAAUUAUUGCAAUCUUAGACCAAAAUGAAUUCUUUUAACGUUGCUAUUUAAAACUAGUAAAAUCAUAGAAGGCUCUUGAUUGCACUGUUUGACAAAGGAUACAACACGGACUGGUUGAUCCAAUAUAGAAACCAAGUGAAGGCCCUUAGUCCUUGUGAGCAUUUUGAUUUCUUGUUAGCUCCUUUUUUGGCUGUGAUGUAUGAUAAUUGAGUUUCCAAUAUCUUGUUGCACAAUGCUUUCUUUAAUGCUAUGGUUUUCAGGGUUUAAACAAUUUAACAGAGAUUUGUUGCUUCAUGCUUUAAGGAUUUUGGGUGGUUUUUAAACUAUCAACAAAUGAAAAGAAGGGGUUGUAUGCAUAUUGUGAACUAUACUCUAGUGAAGACCAGUGGGUCCCCACCAGACACCAAAAGUGUUUGGGGUACAGGUUAUGUUGGGGAGUGGGGGUGCAUGUUGAGGCCCUGCCAUAGACAGAGAGCACUGUAGGAGUAGAUUCUGGGUGUCUGUUACCUCCUUUAAAGUGACUUAUCCUUAUGUAAUCAUUUUUUUCUCCUCCCCAGCAUCAGGAGGGCAGAAACCACUGUUAUCUGUUAUUCUGUUCUGUUAGAGCAGAAACCACUCUAUCUACUUUAGUACUCUGUCUACUUCAGUACUCUCUCAAAGCCUGUCAUUACUAUCUUUGAUAGCCAAGCCCUUCUGAAGCCAUUUGCCAUCCUUCUGCUGGGGUUGAAAUGCACUUCCCAGACUUUUAAAAUACCACAGUAGUUUGUAAUCACACUCUGAAAGGAGCUGAUGCCAAACUCAAUUUAUAAGAGGCACACCAUGUAACUACCUACCUUGUGUUUCUUUGUUUUAGGCAACAAAGUAGCAGAGGAGAGAACCCCUACUGCUGCUCAUGCUGGGCAGUGUUUACCCUGAGAUCUUAAAUACCUUAGGCCUAAGCUGCAAGAAUGUCCACAAGUCAGAUUUAGCACCUGGGCCUCUAUAGCUCGUGCUGACGAUGAAGAAUUCUCUUUUAGCAUCUUUGUCCGAUAGGAUUAACUUCUACCUGAAAAUUAUUUAAGGAAAUGAUUGCAUUUACACAGCUAUUCUAAGUCAUUUAUAAUCAUGAGAGGUUAGAAAAACUUGAGGACCAUCAGCAUUUAAAAUCAUUCCGGAGGAUGGACGGCAAAUGAUUCUAAAAGAAACUUCUGUACAUUAGAUGCAUAUUGUCCUUUCAUACACUGGAAUAGUUAGGAAUCACCAAAUUCCAUUUGAGUAGCUAAAGUCUCUUCCCGCAGAGCUGGGGAUAAGGAACACUCACUUUAGGGGACAAGCAUUAGCAGGGUUCAUGUCACUUGCUUCAACGCUAAGGCCCUAGUGCUACCUGGGUGAAAGGGUAAUUUGGAUAGGAUAGGUCUAGUUCGCACGUGUUUUCUUAGUUGCUUUGAGUCAGGGCUCCACCUGUGUUCUAGUUAUAAAACAGAGCUUGUGGAAGUGAGGCUAAACUUAAAACAUCUAUGCUUUCUCCCCAAACCGUUAUAGAAGGACAAAGGAAGGGGAUAGUUUCAGGACAGCAUGGCAGGAAGUCUGCUUCAUGGCCAUUCAGUCCUCGAAGCCAGGCUGAGCGCAUUGGCCAGUUUUGUUUGCUUUUGUCCCGAAGAGUUAAAAUCCCAUGAAAUUUAGCCCUGAUCCAAAACACUGGGGGAAAGGGGAAUAGCACCAAAGAAAACACAUAUUAAUACCUUGAAGGGUGAAUCUGAAGAAGCUGAAGUGAGCAGUUAGAGGGAAAGGAAAAACACCUGCACAGUCAACUGCCCCCUGCAGAGGACCACGAGCUCCUCACACAGAGGCAUGGUGUCUUCUGGAAUGUCAGUCACCCAAGACUCUCAUCUGUGGAAGCACCUGGAUCUGGGUCUGGAUCCUCAGAGGAGGGGGCAGAAGAUGCCUCCCUGUCCCUGCCCACGCUCCCCCCAUCCCCAGACCAUUAGCGAGACAUCGAUGUGCGAGGCAAUGUACAAGCAGUAAGAAGCCACAAAUUCUCAUUGCAUGCAUGCCACUUGUGUAGGUGUCAGAGCCGUGUGUGAAUAUGUCCCCACCUGACACACACAUGUACACCUUAACCUGACACACACACAUGUAUACCUUAAGCACGUGGCACAAAAAUAUCGUCUCCAUGGACUACAGUGAUGCUUGUUAGGACCCUGGGCUGUAAUAGUGGCAUCGGUGCCACUCUUUAUGUUGCAUAUACAUUGAAUGGCUCAUAGAUUUUAAGAGUUUUUUUUAUUGUAAGUAUCCUACUAAAUGCACUUAUGCUUCUAAAUGUUUAUUAUAUAUUUUGGUAAAAAUUGAUUUACUAGAUCUUUGGUAUCAUAUUUUAGUGAGGUAAAUUUUCCUCGGAUGUCUGAUCAAUGCUCUGAUGUCCAGAUUGCACAUUUUUUAGUUAGAACUCAGAAGACAUUAUGCAGUUUCUUUGGGCAUUUCCAGCUGCAGGAUGCCCACCGUUUUCUUGACUAAAUUGCACUGUGUUCUCAUGCAUCAGCCCUCACCUCUAAAAUGAGGUAGAUCCUCAGUAGCCAUGACGCUUCUGUCGCCGCCGACUGCUUGCUCUCUGGUGGCCCGCUAUCUACUUCCUAAACUAUCCGCUUGUAAUGGAUGGCAUUUUGGUUGCCACCAAAAAUAACACAAUGUGUUCUGAGUAUAUGUCGUUGGAAUCUGUGUCAUCAUUUCCUUCAUGCACACAAAUUUCUUGUUAAAAAAAACUUUCAGCCAUGAAAUAACAAUUGGCCAGAAAUACCCUAAAUACCCUAAAUUGCCUUUACGAGAAAAAAAAAAAAGCAGGACGUGCUGCCCGAGCCGAUAACCCUUCCCACAGCAUCAGGUUCAAUCCGUGAGUGCAAAGAGCUCUCAGCGUGCACACGUGCGCUCUCCUCAGUAUUAUUUAAUGUCAUAACUACUGCUUUUGUAUUUCUUAAUGAUGUUUUGAUGAAACCACUUGUAUGUCUGCUAUAGAUCACUAUAGACAAGACCGGACAGCUGAAAACAGGAGGGGAAAUAAAGUUCUGUACUAUUGUAAGACUUGAUUUAUGUUCAUCUUUCCAUAUAUACUGCUAAAAGGGAAAGAGGUUUGGAAAGCAUUAAAGCCUGGUAUGUAUGCAUAACAUAGCACCUGAACUUUCUUCAUUUGUACAUUUUGCUGUCUGGUCAUUUGCAUGGGAGAAACAGUAGUGCCACGUCCGACUUGUUCUCUGGCGCUUGAUUAGUGUGUGCUGUUUCCAAUGGCAUCCUUUACGUGUCGGUUUUCAGAGGCAUUCGAAACUAACUACCAUCGGUGGACCAUUGUUUUCUGACCAUUUAAAAAUACCUGUGAUUAAACGUAACUUGUUAGUGUAAAUAAAUCUCUUGCCAAUGAGUAUUAUUGUUGUUAGAUAAUGAAUGCAAUAAAGGAAAU